AUGGAGAAGGACACCCCCGUCCGCGUUACGUCCGCCAACGACUCCGACGACGCCCCUUCCGGCUCCGACACCGUCGAGCAGCUGAAGCACCUCAAGGAACACCACCACUGGGACCCCAACCUCCCCGACGAGGUCGUCGACGAGGUCAACGAUGCCCUCCACGCCACCGACAAGGCCCGCCGCGAGUCCGUCGCCGCCAGUCUCCUCGAGAACUCCCCCUACCCCGAGGUUCGCGCCGCGGUGCCCAAUGUCGACGAGGGCGGCCACUCCAACACACUUCGCGCCUGGGUGAUUGGAUUGCUGCUGUCGACUGUCGGGUCGGUCCUCAACAUGCUGUUCUCCAUGCGCCAGCCGUACAUUGUCAUUCCCUCCUACGUCUGCCAGGUCGUCGCAUACCCCAUUGGUAUCGCCUGGGCCAAGUGGAUGCCGCGCAAGACCCUCCGCCUCUUCGGCAUGAGCGUCAAUCUGAACCCCGGUCCGUUCAGUAAGAAGGAACACGCCAUGUCGGUCAUCAUGGCCAAUGCCACCUUUGGCGGCGGCGCGGCCUACGCCACCGAUAUUCUGCUCGCCCAGCGUGCCUUUUACAACCAGCGCUUCGACUGGGCGUUUGAGAUUUUCAUGUGCAUCUCGACCCAGAUGCUGGGCUUUGGCUUUGCCGGCUUCUUCCAUCGGUUCCUGGUCAGUCCUGCUGCGAUGAUCUGGCCGUCGACCCUCAUCAACACCCAGCUCUUCAAUGCGCUCCACGACCACUCCAAGCCCGACCCGAGCAAAGUGUCUGGCUGGACGCUGGGCAAGUACCGCAUGUUCCUGUACUGCAUGAUCGGAUCGUUCCUUUGGUACUGGUUCCCCGGCUACAUUGCGCCCUUCCUGAGUGUGUUUGCCUGGGUGACCUGGAUCAAGCCGCAGAACGUGGUGGUCAACCAGCUGUUCGGCGGCUGGACGGGCAUCUCGCUGAUCCCCAUCACCUUUGACUGGACGCAGGUCUCGGGCUUCAACUUCAGCCCGAUGAUUGCGCCCUGGCACGGCAUUGCCAACACGCUGAUUGGGUUGUUUAUUUUCUUCUGGAUCGUCACCCCCGCGAUGCACUAUACCGGAACCAACUUUGCCAAGUACCUGCCCAUCAGCGACUCCAGCAGUUACGACAACAUGGGCCAGGUGUACAAUGUCAGUCGCAUCCUCACUCCGGAGAUGACCCUAAACACGGCCGAGUACAACAAUUACUCUCCCCUGUUCUUGUCGACGACGUUUGCGCUGUGCUACGGCUUGUCCUUUGCCACCAUCAUCGCCGUUCUCGUCAAUGCCAUUCUGUUCAACGGAAAGGACAUUUGGGCGCGGUUCCGCAAGGUCGGUCAUGAGGAAGAGGAUGUCCACGGUCGUCUCAUGGCUCGAUUCAAGCCCGUGCCCUUAUGGUGGUAUGGCGCUACUACGCUUGUCAUGGUUGGGAUGGGUCUUGGUGUUGUGCUUGGCUAUCCGACUCAUCUCAGCUGGUGGGCGUUCUUCAUUGCCUUGAUCAUGGGCGCAGUCUGGUUCCUGCCUAUCGGUAUCAUCCAAGCGUCGACGAACAUCCAAAUUGGACUCAAUGUCAUCACCGAGUUUGUGAUUGGCUACAUGCAGCCCGGGCGCCCGAUGGCGAUGAUGCUCUUCAAGACAUACGGCUACAUCAGUAUGUCGCAAGGGUUGUACUUCACCCAGGACCUGAAGCUCGGUCACUACAUGAAGAUUCCGCCCCGAGUGACCUUUGCCGCGCAGAUGGUCGCCUGUCUCUGGUCGUCGAUCGUCCAAAUCUGCGUCAUGAACUGGGCGCUCGGUGCCAUUACAGACGUCUGCUCCCUGGACCAGCCCAACCGCUACACCUGCCCUAACGGCCGCGUCUUUUUUAAUGCUUCUGUCAUCUGGGGCACCAUCGGUCCGGCCAAGAUGUUCUCUCCCGGCCAGAUGUACGCCAGCCUGCAGUGGUUCUGGCUCGCUGGUUUUGCUCUGCCUGUCAUCUUCUUCAUCGCGGCUAAGCUCCUGCGUAACACCAAGUACGCCCGCUGGGUGCGCCUGCUCAAUGCGCCGAUUAUCUUCGGUGGAAGCGCCCUCAUUCCCCCGGCCACCCCGCUCAAUUAUCUUUCAUGGGGCAUUGUCGGCUUUAUCUUUAACAAGUACAUUCGCGACCGCUGGCGCGGCUGGUGGAUGCAGUACAACUACGUUGUGUCUGCGGGUCUGGAUGUCGGACUUGCGCUCUGCACGAUUCUGAUUUUCCUUACCCUGAACCUGACCAAGACGGACUUCCCGGCUUGGUGGGGAACGAACAUUGCGGCGGAUACGAUGGAUGCUGCGGGUACGGCGGUGCAGGUUACGGGGGUGAAGUUUGGGCCGGAGAGUUGGUCCUAG